GUCUGUGCACCCCGCAGCCUUAAAAUAACCCUUAUCGCCUAGGCAAUGGAUGAGGAACGGUAACAGGACGAGGAGCAGCGCAUGGGAUCGCGCGGCCGGGUCGGGGGCAAGCGGCGCAAGAUCCUGACCGACGAGCAAGAGGGGAAGAUCAAGCUGGCCUUUUUUGUGGCCAUUGUGGGGAUGACCCUGACGGUGCUGGCAGUGGGCACAGAAUUCUGGGUGGAACUGAACACCUACAAGCAGAACCACACGGCCAUCUGCGAGGCGGCUCACUACGGCCUUUGGAAAUUCUGCUACAAAAAACUCUGGGUGGAGGACGUGGAAGAGCAGCGGGCGACCUGCGGACCUGCCGAGCUGCCUGGAGAAGCCAACUGUUCUUAUUUCAAGUUCUUCACCACUGGGGAGAAUGCCCACAUCUUCCAGAGGACAACCAAAAAAGAGCUGAACAUUACGGCCGCUGUUGUGUCCCUUCUGAGCAUCACGCUCAUGGCCAUGGGGUCCAUCUGCAUCACUAUGGCUCUGAGCAAAGGGAUCGAGUUCCUCCUGAAACCAGCGUCCAUUUUCUUUAUCAUAUCAGGUAUCAUGGUGCUGGUGUGUCUGGAGGUUUUCCGGCACUCGGUCCGGUGGCUUAUCACCUCCGACGAGACCGUCCCACUGGAGUACGAAUAUUCCUGGUCGGUGGCCUGUGCGGUGGCUGCUGGCUCCAUCCUGAUCUUUGGCGGAGGCUGUUUCAUUCUUCUGUCCAUCCCAAGCUUGCCCAAAAAGCCCUGGGAAUACUGCAUCAAAGGCAGAAGCAGCAGCGCCGCUUCCUAAAACCCAUUUGGUACGGGAGGGAACCCCCCCCCAGUCUCUUUGUAUCACUGUGCAACAA